CUCUGCAGGAAGCCAGGAACUAGAGACAGAAAAAGGAUCUCAGCUGGUGGUGUAUGAAAGAUGGAAAACAACCUCUCCACCGCUGUGAAUGAAUAUGAAGAGAUACUCCGUGAGUCUACUGGCUACAGUGUUCUGCAGAUCCUAUCACUGGUGGUGCUUGGGAUCACCUUUGUCCUUGGCAUCCUGGGAAAUGGGCUUGUGAUCUGGGUGGCUGGAUACCGGAUGCCACGCACCGUCACCACCAUCUGUUACCUGAACUUGGCCUUGGCCGACUUCUCUUUCACUGCCACUCUACCAUUUCUCAUCACCUCAAUGGCCAUGAGAGAACGGUGGCCUUUUGGCUGGUUCCCGUGCAAGGUAAUUCACGUCAUUGUGGACAUAAACCUAUUUGGAAGUGUCUUCCUCAUCGCUUUCAUUGCCCUGGACCGCUGUAUUUGUGUCCUGCAUCCAGUGUGGGCCCAGAACCACCGCACUGUAAGUCUGGCCUCAAAACUCAUCAUUGCACCCUGGAUUUUUGCCCUAGUCCUUACCUUGCCAGUUUUCAUCUUCUUGACUACAGUGAAUGAUGGGACUGGGAAUAUAUACUGUACUUUCAACUUUGCAAACUGGGGCAACAGUACUGAAGAGAGGUUGCGGGUGGCAAUCACCAUGUUGACGGCCAGAGGGAUCAUUCGGUUCAUCAUUGGCUUCAGUAUGCCGAUGUCCACUGUUGCCAUCUGCUAUGGGCUCAUUGCUGCCAAGAUGCACAAAAAAGGCAUGAUUCAAUCCAGCCGUCCCUUACGGGUCCUUACUGCCGUUGUGGCUUCCUUCUUUAUCUGUUGGUUCCCCUUUCAAAUGGUUGCCCUGUUAAGCACAGUCUGGCUCAAAGAGAUAUUGUUUGAGGGUAAGCACAAAAUCCUUGAUGUCUUGACUAAUCCAACAAGCUCCCUGGCCUUCUUCAACAGCUGCCUCAAUCCAAUGCUUUAUGUUUUCGUGGGCCGAGACUUCCGAGAGAGACUGAUCCACUCCCUGCCUGCCAGUCUGGAAAGGGCGCUUAGUGAGGACUCAGUGCAGACCACUGACACAACAAACAAAUCCACUUUAUCUCAGGAAGCAGAGUUACAGGCAAUGUCAACGUAAGGGAGGCUGGGGGGCAUUUGUGAGCUCUGUAUGCUCUUACCCUGCUCCCAUUUCCUAUUUCCAGUGACAUAAGGUGUCAUUUUUGGAUUCUGGGCCUCAGCUUCUUCCCCAAGGAUAAGUGGAGAUUGUAAAGGGUUCAAGGGAGGAGAAGAGAAAGUGCCGGAUAAUUGGUAACGCUUGGAUGAGAGAGUAUAAGGGGAAAACUUUAGUUAUUUUACCAUUAAGAUGUUUGCCGUAGGUUUUAUUUUAAGCUGUUUCUAAUCAGAUUACAGAAAUUUCUUUGUAUUAAUAGUUUACUAAGCAUUUCUUUUAAAAAUCAUGAAUGGCUAUAGGAUUGUAUCAAAUACAUUUUAUGCAUAUAU